AUGCGGUCUUCGACACACAAAAAUGACACGCUCGACCUGUGGACCUGUGCACGGACCCCGGCAUCCACGCAAGAUCUCGCACGACUCCUGCAAGGAGGCGCACCUCCCGACGACCGUAACGAUAUUGGUGAGACAGCUCUGCAUGUAGCGGCAACUCAUGGUAAUGAUAAAGCAGUGGAGCUGCUGCUUCGAUACGAUGGGAGUCUCUUGGUCGUGGAUUGGGAGUCCGGAUGGACGCCUCUGCAUCGCAGUCUGUAUCACCAGCACUUAUCUACGUCGUUGCUGCUUCUACGUCACGCCCAGACGCGCUUUGGACGGUCAUUUCUACACAAAUAUCUACAUGAGACACAAGAUCAUGCCCAGCAAAGCCCAAUGCAGCUGCUUUCGACGAGACUAUCUAAGACGGAGAUUGAGAGUACCCGGAGACCGAUGGUCAUGGGGGGAUUGUUUAUACUUUUGGAAAGCGCGACUACCAGCUUGGAUACCAUUUGCCGAAUGCUGACCAAGUACCACACGAUAGCACUUAACGCGGCAGGUGCGUGUUUCGUGUGGGGUUUCGGCAAAGGUGGCCGUCUUGGCACUGGAAAUGAGUUUGACCGAAUUGAGCCAACACAACUAGUGUCGCUGAAUAAUACGCCUAUGAAGAAGGUUGUUGCGGGCGAGAAUCAUACUAUGGCGCUCUCUCGAACUGGUCAAGUCUAUUCGUGGGGAUCAAACAGUUUUGGUCAAUUGGGACAUCCAGGAAAGCCAAGCUCUUUGCAAAGUCGCCUAACGCCUAAGCGUAUUGAUGCUUUCCGGUUUCAAGUCAUGGCUGACAUUGCAGUGUCCGGAUGUCAUUCUGCUGCCAUUGGCGCUGACGACGGUGCCAUCUACUCUUGGGGUAGUAAUCGUCGGGGUCAACUUGGGCGCAAAGAAGGCUGCGGAACAGAUCAAGCUGAUGCUACUCCGCGCAUUGUUGACUCGUUGCGCCCACGAUGUCCUAUGAAUGUUGUCUAUGGCGAAUACGAUUCAGUGCGUGCUGAGAAACUGGCCUUAUCGGAUUGGCACACAUGCAUAGUGCUUCGCUGCUCUCGCAAUGGUCGCAGCGUUGGUCAAGUGUGGCAGUUUGGGUACGGCUCAUACCGUCCCAGUCGUGUAAAGUUCUCGUCCAUCCCCACUGCGAGGAAAGCCGUUAUGUGUGAUACGUGGGUACCUACGUCUAAGGAGCGCAGCCUUGAUAUUGUGGACGUUUCAUGCGCUCAAAACCAUUCGAUCGCACUAAGUUCUAGUGGUCUCGUUUUUACGUGGGGGCACAACGUACCUGCACUUUCGCAUCAACCGAGCGGGAGCUUGCAUGACCGGCAUGCUGAACCAUUUGGAAACCAGGUAGCAGCAUCUCCGUCGCCCAGUGCUCCGCAAAUGGUGCAACUAAGCAGUUACGGCCCUGUCGUUCGUGUUUGCGCUUCUCAGGACCAUUGUGCUGUGAUCACUGAGCAAGGCGAUCUUGUUACGUGGGGCUGUGGCCAACAGGGUGUGCUAGGCCACGGACGUGGCAACACGUGGCAACCGUGUCCCAAACGCGUUGCUGGUGUGAAGAAAGCUGUUGCAGUGGCAGCUGGACACCAGCAUACGGCGGUGCUGAUAGCACCGAUACAUCCCAAAUUCAAUGAUGUGACAGGUGUCAGUGGUAGGGAUAUGGUCCCCCCAUUAUUGGAGCUAGUGGAGAAGGAAGUUGCAGCUUAUGUAAACGUCACGAAUUGCACAUUAUUGUGGCAAUAUGCGGAGCGCCACGCUGCGCUCCAUUUGCAAAACUUUUGCUCAAGAUAUAUGCAAGAAAAUUGGGACGCUGUUUUGGACAUGGUGGGGGGAGAGCGGAUGGAGGCGCUCUUCGAUAUGAUGCUGCCGCCAAUGGAAGAACCGAUUAAACUGGCGAUUGCCGUCGAUGUUGAUGCGUCUAAGAAGCACAUGAAGAAAAACAAAUCAGCUAACAAGCAAUCGUGUGCACUACAACGCACACAUGGAGGCAGAAAACAAUCGUCGUCGUUGGCUCAAAAGGAAGUGGACGUCACAGUCAAGGGAGUGAGAGACGACUGUUCCACCACCUUGUCAACACCAAGCAAGCCGGAUGGACGACGUAGGGGCAAGAGCAAUAAGUUUGUUCCACUGCAAUCGUUUUUGUCGGACAAGGCUCGCAGCGUCACCUCACGUGAUUCUAAAAGCCCGUGGGGAGCCCACGUAUCCUCUACAUUCGAAAGGGAAGAAAAAACGUCAACAGCGCGGGAGAAUUGUGCGACUCAUGCAUCGCCCACAGUCAGCUCCGGCUCAAUCGCUCCUCAAGUCGAUCCGGAAGCGUUUCCCGAGCCCGUGCCUUUUCAAAGUAAAGAUGGCACUAAUGGCUUUGUGUUGACACAGCGCAAAGCAAACUUGAGCAGUCGAUGUUUGACAUGCCCGCAACGUUCUGUUUCGCCGACUCCGGUACCAGGCAAGCAUGUGCUGGAUAACGACGGUAAUCGGCACAAGCAGAUGACGGCGUUUUCGCUAAGUGCGUUUCUCAAGCAACCCGCACGUCAAAACACUCGUGGUGCGCGACCUGCGCGGACAUGGAUCGGCUUGUCUCCAGACUCGAACAUAGCUUCUGAGCAAAAGGUAUUGCCAUCGAAAACACUGAAGGAGAUCCAAGAAGAGGAAGAACGAUUUGCAGCUCGUGAGCGAGAGGCGAAGACCUGCUUCGGUGCUGGCGUUGCUCAGGUACAGCGACCGCAGUCGACACUUAACAGCUGGGGACUAGUUCACCCACCUGGCCAUGUUUCACUGGCGGAUGUCCAAAAGCUUCAGCAAGAGCAAGUGUUUAUACAGCAACAGCAUCAGAUCUUGGCAGAGAUUGAGCAGGAGAAAGCGGAGAGGGCUCGAGUAGUGGCAGUGGCGGCGCAAAGUGAUUUCGGGAAUCGUAGGCAAGGGCGCAGGGUGAGAAAUGUCGCGAGUGGUGGUGAUGCUUCUAAUGCAGGUACGAGUGGAAAGGCGAGCAAAGAAAAGAAGCAGAAGAAUGCGAGAGAACGUAAAGCCGCCAGGAAGGCUGCGGGGGAGACGUUUGCAGGAACCGGCAAAAGCACCAAUGAUUCCACCCGAACCGCAGGUCAAGGAAGGAAGUCUUAG